AUGCAUUAAAUUUAAAAGAUAGAAAACUAAUCAGAUAUUAUUGAUGAAAAUUAUGCAUUAACAGAACUUUAUGUCUCUGUUGAUAAGUAAAAUAUCUAAGCAGAAGGAAUUUUAUCUCUUACAUAGGCUUUAUAAAGACUUUGUUUUUUAUAGAGAUUGUAUAUCGAAAUUCUACCAAAUGCAGUUCAUGCUGAAGGAGCAAGAAAUUUGGCUUUUUCAUUCAAAUAUUUACAAAAUUUGUAAAAAUUGCAUUUAAAAAUAUCUUAAUCAAAUAACAUAAGCGAAAUGGGCGCUAAAUAUAUUGAAUAAAAUUUGAAAUAUUUGAAUAAUUUAGUAAGCUUUUCAUUCUCUUUAGGUAAAAGCAAUUUUAUUGGUAAAAAAGGUUUUAAGUUUCUUGUUUAAGGUAUAAAAAAUAUCCCUAAUAUUAAAAUAAUCAAAUUUAGCAUUAAUCCAAUUAAUAAUAUAUCUAGAGAAGAUUUUCAUAUCCUUAUUGAAGAAUCUUGUAAUUGGAGAUAUUUAAUUUAAUUGAGUCUCAAAAUAAAAUUUGCAGACUAAUACAGCUAGUAACUAUUUGCUAAUAAUUUGUAAAUAGAACUUUCUAAGCUAAAAUAUUUGAUUAAAUUGAAGUGUAAAUUCCCUUAUUCGAAUAGAAAGCAUCAUAAAUAUAUUUUUAUGAGAAGAGUUCAUAGGUUAGUAUUUGCUUAAUGA